AAUUGGGGCAUUUGGAUUUCGGUGUUUAAUGUGAGCCCAUUGAGCGACAAUGCUUUUAUCACAAUUGAAGCAAUCCGACCCAAUUUUCUGGGCUUCCAGCUCUCUCUCUACUUCGUCAGAGACUCGGAGAGAACACAACUCCGAUGGACGACAUGGCGAGCUACUAUCCGCAACCGCAACCACCGCCGCAGCCUUCUGGUCUUGAACCGCCUCACUAUCCCUUUUACCAGGUGCCUCCUCCUCCUUCUUCAGCACCGCCGUCUCAGCAUUACCUCUCUCAACACCCGCCCACCUUCGCAUCCUAUGGCUUACCUUUUUUACCGCACGCGGCCUCCAUCAAUGAGGUCCGAACCCUAUUCAUAGCUGGCCUUCCUGAAGAUGUCAAGCCCCGAGAAAUUUACAAUCUCUUCCGGGAGUUUCCGGGAUACGAGUCCUCUCAUCUUCGGACCCCCACGCAGACGACCCAGCCAUUUGCAUUUGCUGUAUUCUCGGACCAGCAGUCUGCCAUUGGUGCAAUGCAUGCUGUAAAUGGCAUGGUGUUUGAUCUUGAGAAGCAGUCAGUACUGUAUGUUGAUUUGGCUAAAUCCAAUUCAAGAUCAAAACGGACGAGGACAGAGGAUGAAAGAUAUGGAUCGGAUAAGAAAGCUAAAGUGUCUAUCUUCUCAAGGAGUACUCCUGAUCCUGCAGGUCUUGGCAGCACUCACAUGUCUGGAAUGGGUAAUUCUGCUUACAACACGAUUGGUUAUCCAUCUGCACAAAGCCAUGGAAGCUUUGAUAACAAAACUGUAAAUGAUACAGUGGCUGCGAAUGUGUUUGGAACUCACUUAAAGUUUAGCUCAACAAGCCAUCCGCAAACAAAUGGUCAAACUGAGGUGACAAACAAAACAUUGGGAAAUCUACUUCGAUGCAUCUGUGGAGAACAACCCAAAAAAUGGGAUCUUGCACUCACAAGCAGAAUUUGCAUGCAACAACAUGCAAAAUAGAUCAAGAGGGAAGUGUCCCUUUGAAAUUGUUUAUAGUCAUCCUCCUAGACUAACUUUUGACCUCACUAAUUUACCUUCUGUUGACAGCAACCUAGAGGCGGAUUACAUGGUGGAAAGAAUUCAAAGGAUACAUAAAGAAGUUGUGAAGAACCUAACAGUUGCCAUUACAAGAUAUAAGGACAAAGCUGAUGUUCACCAAAGGAAACAAACUUUUCAACCGGGAGAUGUAGUCAUGGUGUACAUAAAAAUUAACCAACAGAAAAUUCAGCCCAUUCAUAAUACUAGAAAAAUUUGGAGAAAGUGCCUUCCGGAUAGGUCUUCCUACAUCUAUGAACAUUAGCAACACAUUCAACGUUGCUGAUAUUUUUCCCUACUACGCACCUGAUGAGUUUGAACUUUCAUCAUAAACUCGAGGACGAGUUUAAUUCUCAGGGGGUUGAAUUGAUGUAGGGGCAUUUUGGAAAUAUUCUGUAAUUUUCAUUUGUGUUAAUUUGCAAUUUUAAUUUGUUUUCUUUUUAGUUUAGGUGUGAAAAUACCCUUCCCCUUUGGGUUUAUUUAAAGGUGUUUUAGGAUUAGAAUUAGUUAGGUAGUUAGGUGUGAAAUAACCCUUUCCCUUUGGGUCUUUUAAAGGGAUCAUUGUCUACAUUUGUCUAUAAUCAAUAAUACUCUACUUCAAGAUUUUUUUUCCAA